GCCGAUUUGGUUAAUUUCGGUUAUUCUGGCUGGCUGGCUGAGCUGAGCUGGCUGGACGUGCAAACAAAAUUUCUGCCAACCCACAGCUCUUUCUUACCCUCUUCCUUGACUGCAAUCCUCAGCUUCAUGUCGAAUUUUCCACGGCCAUUGUCAGAAUCUUUUUCGCUGAUGAGCCCUAGAACACAGCAAAGUCCUGCUUCUGAUACUGACAAUACCAAAGCCAACUCGGAUCAUUCGCAUUCGCCCGCAACCACCGACACAAAGCCUCUCAGAUCUGCGGACACCGCCAAUGCUUUUGCUCACAUGUCUCAGCAAAUGAAUCCAUCUCAUCGCCCUUCGCGGCCCAUGACAGAAAUCUUCACUAGGCAAUCUGCAGAAACCGAGGCCCUGGACAAAUGGUUUGACGAACUUCAGUUGUACGAAAAGAACCUCGAGGAUAUGGCAAGCGCUAGCUUUGAUCCCAACUUCAAGGAAGAGCUACAUCAUGUUGAUCAAUGGUAUCGCGCUCUGACAGAAGCUGAAAGGACAGCUGCUAUCUAUAGUUUACUGCAGCACUCGUCGCAAGUGCAGCUGCGUUUCUUUUCCACGGUCAUGCAGCAGAUGCACGCGCAAGACCCAUUGAAUGCUAUGCUCUCGCCAGCCCACCCCGAGAAAGGAGAUCUGCAGGCUCAGAUGGUCGGUGCAAUGGCAAAGGCAGAAAAGGAAGCUAGUCAAAAGCUUUUAUCUGUCCUACCCUAUCAGACUGGUCAAGUUACGCGUCGUCCUCCCGAAACGCUUCAUGGCCGUCGAACUCUGGACCGUCAUUCCUUCGCUAUCGGUGAUACCUUUACGGAAAGAGAUGCUGGCAUUGAGCAUCCCACUUCGGUUUCUGAUGUUGAUCUUCAGAAUGCUCUCGCUAGUUGGUCGCUGGCCAAUAAUCUCGGCUAUCCUCGACCCAACGUCAUGAUGAACGAUGAUUCAAAGGGAUAUCGACGCCGUCCCAUGUCCAGAGGAGCUGGUAUUCCGCGUACUGUACCGGAGAGCGAUGAGCAAGCUAACAAUGGAUUUUAUUCCACCUUUGGAGAGAAUGAAAGAGAGAAAGGGUCUCAACCACCACCCGGUAGUGGUGGCGGUUCUACUCUUACCGGAUCCGCUUCUCAGUCUAGAUCGGUUUCUCGCUCUGGUUCGCCUGCUCCUACUGCAUCCAACUCCACUGGCCACUUUGGCAAUUCUUCGUUUGGCAUGUGGUCUGGAAAGCAUUUGAGUGUUCCUGGUUUAGAUAAGCAGGCCGCCCAACAUUCGUAUGGACAAUUCCUCAACCCUGCCGAUGCCCACCUAGACGGAGGCGACCUUGACUACGUUAGUGACCAUAGCGAUACCUCGGUCAUCAGUUCCAACGGCACUCGUCGCAGAAGAACAUCUGCCACAGGAAAUUCUCGUGCCAUCAAGGACAAGAAGGCCGCCGAGGUGGUUGAUAUGGAGUUGUUACAAGAUGUCUCCGCGUGGUUCAGAAGCUUGCGCUUGCACAAAUACAAUUCUGUAUUUGAAGCUAUGAAGUGGCAAGAUAUUGUAAACCUAUCCGAUGAUGACCUUGUUGCUAAAGGCGUGGCUGCCCUUGGUGCUCGACGCAAAAUGCUCAAGGUAUUUGAAAAUGUCAGGGCUCACUGUGAUGCCAACAAUAUUCCCUAUUAGAACAAGUCGUAUUUUACAUAUCUUGUUUUGUAAUUUGAGAGCAGGUUGAACCUGCUCUGAGCAACGAAAAACUCUUUUUUUUAUUCUGUCUUGAUGGUUUUCAUUGUGUUUACACACGUACAACUUUUGCUCUCAUACACCUCCCCCUCACUUUUUUAUUAUUCCUUUCUUUUCUUCCUUUCGAAUUUCUCUUCUUUUUUCCCCCCUCCAACGUGCUAUCUAGAACACUUAUCACGGUUGCCGAGGACAAUCUGUGUAAAGGGCAUAACAAAGAUAUAUAUACUCCCUGUGGGAGUUGAUUACAAAAAAAAAUGGUCGUACAUUGAUGAUUUUGACCUGACACGCGCUGUGAAGUGAAAUGAGGGGUCCAUUUU